UCUCAGAGAGGGGAGAGGGCUCUUUCUGGAUAUGAAGAGCAAAUCCCCAGCCAUCGUUUUCCACCCGACGAUAAAAGGAAGAUAAUUUACUUCAAAGGCGCAUAUCUUUCGAUUAUCAACAAAGAAACAAGUGACCAGCUCGUCUUUAAAGAAAAUUUGACAGAAUUCGAAGACUUCGAAAUACCACCAAAAUAUACAUGCUAUGUUCGAGGC